CGCGAUCUUGAAGCAACUGCGUGUUUAUGACGAAGCUGCUGGACUCGAGGGCCCGGACGUGAGCCAGCUCUCCGCUGAGGAUGCUCGGCCUGCUUUCGGCUGCAGCUGCCCGAAAGCCCGGGAACAUCUUUCCGCCCGUUUGAGCAAGCGGGAGCUUACCCGGCGCUUCCGCCUUAGUCCCGGGCCAGGGGCCCCUGACCUCCCCUUUGACACAAGGUUUCUUGCCGCCAAGCCACCUCUGCACAUUUCAAAGACAUCAAUCCCAAAGUCUUCAUCCCCCACUCUGCUCCCACUGCCAAGACACAGAAGUGAAAAAAUACGGAGGUGCUGGACCUGAGGAUGUUGAGGAUGAUAUUACUGAUCAACAGAUAAUAAGGAAACACCAGUUUAACUUAAGUUUACACCAUGGAUGGUGCAAAGAAGAAUGACAAUUACAAAGAAGACCUUCUGCUUAGGGUGGGACUUAAUGAUAAUAAAGCUGGAAUGGAAGGAUUAGAUAAAGAAAGAAUUAACAAAAUUAUAAUGGAAGCCACAAAGGGGUCCAGAUUUUAUGGAAAUGAACUCAAGAAAGAUAAGCAAGUCAACCAACGAAUUGAAAAUAUGAUGCAACAAAAAGCUCAAAUUACCAGCCAACAACUAAGAAAAGCACAAUUUCAGGUUGACAAAUUUGCAAUGGAAUUAGAACAGAACCGGGAUCUGAACAAUACCAUCGUGCACAUUGACAUGGAUGCUUUCUACGCAGCUGUAGAAAUGAGAGACAAUCCAGAGUUAAAGGAUAAACCCAUUGCGGUGGGAUCAAAGAGUAUGUUGUCUACCUCAAAUUACCUUGCAAGGAGGUUUGGUGUUCGCGCAGCGAUGCCAGGAUUUAUUGCUAAAAGACUCUGCCCACAGCUUAUUAUAGUGCCCCCAAACUUUGACAAAUACCAAGCUGUGAGUAGAGAGGUUAAGGAAAUACUUGCUGAUUAUGACCCCAACUUUAUGGCCAUGAGUCUUGAUGAAGCCUACUUGAAUAUAACAAAGCACUUACAGGAAAGACAAAAUUGGCCAGAGGACAAAAGAAAGCAUUUCAUCACAACAGGGAACUCUCUAGAAAAUGAUAAACCAGGAAAGGAUAUUAAUAAACCGAGUGAACUUGAAGGCUCCAUCUCUCCACUACUUUUUGAUGACAGUCCUCCUGAGUUACAGCCCCCAGGAGAUUCCUUCCCAGUGAACUUUGAAGAACAAAAUAAUCCUCAGCUACUCCAAAAUUCAGUUGUUUUUGGAAUAUCUGCUGAGGAAGUGGUAAAGGAAAUUCGUUUCAGGAUCGAGCAAAAAACAAGACUGACAGCCAGUGCAGGCAUUGCCCCAAAUACCAUGUUAGCAAAAGUUUGCAGUGAUAAGAAAAAACCAAAUGGACAGUACCAAAUUCUCCCCAACAGACAAGCUGUGAUGGAGUUCAUCAAGGACUUACCCAUUAGAAAGGUCUCUGGAAUAGGAAAAGUUACAGAGAAAAUGUUAAAGGCCCUUGGAAUAACUACCUGUACAGAACUCUACCAACAGACGGCAUUACUUUCUCUCCUGUUCUCUGAAACAUCUUGGCGUUAUUUCCUUCAAAUCUCCCUGGGUCUAGGUUCAACACACCUGGCAAGGGAUGGAGAGAGGAAAAGCAUGAGUGUCGAGAGGACAUUCAGUGAGAUAAGUAAAGCAGAAGAACAGUAUAGUUUAUGCAAAGAACUUUGCAGUGAACUUGCUCAAGAUCUGCAGAAAGAAGGACUUAAGGGUAGAACUGUUACUAUUAAGCUGAAGAAUGUGGAUUUUGAAGUAAAAACUCGGGCAUCUACAGUUUCAUCUGUUGUUUCUACUGCAGAAGAAAUAUUUGCAAUUGCUAAAGAAUUGCUAAGAACAGAAAUUGAUGCUGAUUCUCCACAUCCCUUGAGAUUAAGACUAAUGGGUGUGCGGCUAUCUGGGUUUCCCAGUGAAGAAGACAAGAAACACCAACAAAGGAGCAUUAUUGGCUUCUUACAGGCUGGAAACCAAACGCUGUCAGCAACUGGGUGUAUACUAGAGAAAACUGACAAAGAUCAGUUUCUGAAACCUCUAGAAAUGUCUCCUAAGAAGAGUUUCUUUGAUAAAAAACGAUCAGAAAGGAAAUGGAGCCACCAAGACCUAUUUAAACAUGACACUGUUGAUAAGCAAAGUUUACAGACAUCACAAUCAUUCCAAGUUUUAAAGAAGAUGAAUGAGAACUUAGAAACAUCAGAAAAUUUAGAUUACUGUCAGAUAUUUACCUGUCCUAUUUGCUUUAAGGAACAAGGAAGCAUCAGUCUGGAAGCCUUUAAUAAACAUGUGGAUGCAUGUCUUAAUGAACCUUCAAUCAGUGAAAAGGCUACAAUAGUCUCAUGUUUACAUGCUUGCUCCACAGAAGUUAACAGGAAGGAAAAUGUACAUCAUCCUAAUUCGUUUCAUGAGAAGAAAAAUUAUGAAACCCAUCAGAAGAAUAUAGAAAUCACUUCAGUAGAUGGUAUAGACUUGGUAGAGACUUUAGGUAACCCAUCUGAAGCAGAAAGUGUAGAUACUUUAAGUAAUAAACACAGUGUAGAGAAAUGUUCUCGUCUACCAACCAAAUGGCUUAAUACUGACCACUGUUGUCAGAAUUCUUCUUGUACAGUUUCAGUGGAAAAUGAAGAUGUGGGGUCAUUAAGUCGGCAAGAACCCCUGGAAACUUAUUUACAUGAAAUGAUGACAAACCAAACUCUAAUUUGUCCUGUUUGUAACAUAGAACAAAAGACUUCAGAUCUUGACCUGUUUAAUGUGCAUGUGGAUGUUUGCUUGAAUAAAGGCAUUAUCCAGGAACUGAAAAAGGAUAAAGAUAAUCCAGUUAACCAAGCCGAAGGAAGCACCAAAAGUACUGGUAACUCAGGCAGAAUCCAGAGGACUAUAACAAAGACAAAAAGGUCAGGAUUGAUGACAAAGAACUCAACAUCUAAGAAAAUAAAACCAAAUAAUCCCAAAAAUACCAUUGAUACAUUUUUUAAAUGAAUAUCAAGCCAUUUUGUGAUUCAUUUUAACUGAAACUUUAUUUUAUAAUCAGUGAAUCUGUUUUUCCUCAUUUUAAGGUUGUAGAUCAUUUAGGGGAAGACAAAUGCAAUAAUCCGUCCCCUGAUGAUGUUCCCCUUAUAUGAAUUUGGAAUAUGUAGUAAUUUAUUUCUAAUGCCUGUUUGAUAAUCAUGAGAAUUUCACUUCCAUUAUACAGCAAUUAAAAACCAGUGCUGUUAGAGAUCAUUUUAACAUAAGAAGUUAGGAAUGAGAUAGGAAAGUUAUUUCUUUAUUAUGUUGUAUAAUGACUAUAAAAACUUAUUUAUAAAGGUUCUCAGAGUUUCAUACAAACCUUUUUUAGCAUAAGAAUUUUUUUGCACUUAACCAUUUUGUUGGCACUGAACUGCUGUAUUUGCCCUUAGCACCUUCCGUGACUUUGUAUAUUCAUAUUUUAGCUACCUCAGAAGAAUUCAUAAUUAAAAUUUAUCAUACUUCUAUGAAGAAUAUUACCUUAGCAGAACCAGCAUGAGUGGUUUUGUUACCUUUAGGAAAAUCAUAUCCCAGUAGUAUUUUCUGUGUUAAAAGAAUUUUUGCUUAAACCAUAAUUAUUCAUUUGAUUUUUUUAUUUAAAUUUCUUUCAUCUUAUGAAUAAGUACUUGAUUCACCUUAAAAUAUAUUUAUUCUGGGAUUCACCUAAAAAAUAUUUAGUCAAAUUAUUUCCUUAUCUAGGGCUUUUAAAAGGCAAUAUUUUGUUUCUUGGCAGUUACAUUUAUACUUGAUAAAAAUAUAUAAAAAAGAUAAAUUGUACACUCACUUUAUUUUUAUUAUAACCUAGAGAAAAAUGUGCAAUUCAAAAGAUUAAUGUGUAUUAAAACAAUUCAUAUAUCUUAGUUAUAUAUCUGUCACAUAUUUAUUAAGAUUUGUGAAGGAAGACAGCUUAGCAGUAGUUAGCUUUAUUUAGUGACUCAAAAUACUUUUGUGCUAUCAAUGUAUUUGUCGAAAGAACAAUUAUUUCAUGAAAACUUGAAGAAGGAAGCCUAUUUUCUGUUACUAUUUUAGGAAACUGAAUCUUUUGUUGUCUUACACAUUUUCAUUUUUCCUAUUUUUCCUAUUUUAUAGCUCAUCUAAAUUCAUAAAGACUUAGAACUUCUCAUGGCCUUAUAGCUAAAGUGGUAACUUGACUUUAAAUUACUUGGUUGUUUAAAAUUAGGUUUAACGUUUCUCAGCAUGCUGAUCUCAUACCUAAUAUUAUAUGUUAUGGCAAAUACAAAGUCGUAGAACUGUGGUUCUUUGUUGUGUGAUUUACAUAUAUAAAUUUUGUAUAAAAUUGAAGUCCAACAAAAUACUGAUUUAAUGUACUGAAAGGUAAUUAGCACUGUAUUUAUUUUCCAUCUUGCCUCAAGUUUAUUUUUAUUGUGCUUCCAACAUUA